AUAUCAUCUGCAUGCAAUUCGAUUUAUUUGCUUAGAAAGGGUUCUCAUCAUGAAUUUCUUAUGGUGGUUGGCCGUGGUAGUAGUAAUAGGAAUAGGAGUCAAUGGUGGAGUAGGCCAUGAAGAUUGCGGAGAAACAAGAUGUCACCCAGACGGCCCAGCCAUCCGAUGGCCAUUUCGACUUAAAGAUAGGCAGCCAAUCCAUUGUGGCUUCGGGGGCUUUGAUAUUUCUUGCGACGAAUACAAAGCGACUUUGCUCGAUAUGGCAUCAUCAACUAAGUUCAUUGUUGAAGAGAUUAACUACACAUCUCAUGCAAUUAGAGGAAUUCCUUAUUAUGGUUGCUUGCCAAGGGAGUUGUUUUACAGUAAUGGUUCUUCUCCCUUCGAAUUCGUAGGCCGCGCAAUCUUAUUCAGUUGUCCACCGUCAACAGUAAGAGAUGAAUAUUGUUCCAGCAGUUAUGGUGGUGAUUGUCUGGCGAGAUUGAGCCCAUGCCAUGGCAACAAUUCUGGUAAUAACCAUACUUACGCUGUCUUGGAUCAAGGUUAUGGGUGUGACUUCGGAUCAAUGCCCCUAGUGUCUUGUAUCAAGGUGCGUGAUUAUAUAUCACAUUACCCUAAAGAUUCAAAUUCGAUGACGCUGCAUUGGUCCAUACCAUCAUGUGAACAUAGCAAAGGUCGUAAUCAUAGAAGGCCAAAUCUGAAGAUAUUAGGUAUUUCGGCACUCUGUUUAGUUCUAAUAGCGACGGGGACGACAAUCUACUAUGUCUACAACUCAAACAAAAAGGAAAAAGAAAAUCAGCUUAGAAUUGAAAGAUUUUUGGAUGAAUACAGAGCAAUGAAGCCAAGUAGAUAUUCCUAUGCUGAUAUUAAGAGGAUAACAAGUCAAUUCAAGGAAAAGUUGGGUCAAGGUGCCUACGGAACAGUGUUCAAAGGAAAGCUUUCCUCUGAGUUACUUGUUGCUGUGAAAAUCCUCAACAAUUCAAAUGAAAAUGGGGAAGAUUGCAUAAACGAGGUGGGGACAAGGUGUAAAAUCCACCAUGUCAAUGUGGUUCGCUUGGUUGGAAUUUGUGCUGACGGAUUUAUUCGUGCUCUUGUUUACGAAUACUUACCAAAUUGUUCUUUGCAAAAUUUCUUAUCAUCAGCAGAUAAUAAGAAUUCAUUUAUUGGUUGGGAUAAGUUGCAAGAUAUCGCUCUAGGAAUAGCUAAAGGAAUUGAAUAUCUUCACCAAGGAUGCGACCAACGAAUCCUGCACUUCGAUAUCAAACCACAUAAUGUAUUGCAACCUUAA